UAUAAUGAAUGUGAAAACAUUUAUUUAAUUCGGAAGUGAAAACUAGACGAAACGCAACCAUGAAAGUUGCAUAUGGUGUUUUGGCCAUAGUAUUGCUGGUCUUCAGCAAUAAUUUGACUUCUGGUUAUGUUUUGGACUCAACUGAAAAUAGAAAUGAAGAUUUAAGUGAUACGAUUCAAGCAUGGAAUCUAUUAUACGAUGCCAUUUUCAAGAGUAACGACGUGGAAAAACAUUUUAAACUGCCUGAAGAUGUUCCCAUUGGUUUGGAAAACUUCCAAUGUUUUCUAGACUACAAAUUGAGAAAUAUAGAGAUAUUGUCACAAGUUGGCCAGGAAAUCAGACAAUGUGUUGAUGUUUCUUCGAAGGAUUUGGAACAUUAUUUUAAACGACACUCUUUUAAGCGCCUAAGGAAACAUUUGUCACGUGACAUUAUACGUUGCAAGAACAGAAGUAAGGAUUCUGAUUCAUAUCUGGACUGUUUUGUUGAUGUUGUUCUUAAAAGUUUUAAAGAUUUGAAACUUGAAAAUCAACAUGUUAACAAGGCUACCAAAAAGUGUGUACGUUUCGCAUUAGAACAGCUGUCUAGUGAUUUAAUUAAUACAAAUGAAAAACUACAAACUUGUUUGGCAGAUAACUCGUAUCCUCCAUUAGCUGUAAACUCUACGGUUUCUCCGCAAUUAAACUCUACUUGGAGUCCUGUGCAAAAUUCAACUUGGGGUCCCUGGCCCAACACAACCUGGAAUCCCUGGCCAAAUACAACAUGGAAUCCUUGGCCUAAUACCACAUGGAAUCCCUGGCCCAACACAACCUGGAAUCCCUGGCCUAAUACCACAUGGAAUCCUUGGCCCAAUACCACAUGGAAUCCUUGGCCGAACACAACAUGGAAUCCCUGGCCUAAUUCAACUUGGAACCCUUGGGAAAAUAGUACCGCAGUACCACCAAAUUUGAACACAACUUGGAGUCCCUGGCCCAACACUACAUGGAAUCCUUGGCCUAAUACCACUUGGAAUCCCUGGCCCAACUCAACCUGGAAUCCAUGGCCAAAUACGACAUGGAAUCCCUGGCCUAACACAACAUGGAAUCCAUGGCCUAAUUCAACUUGGAACCCUUGGGAAAAUAGUACCGCGGUACCACCAAAUUUGAACACAACUUGGGGUCCCUGGCCCAACACUACAUGGAAUCCUUGGCCUAAUACCACUUGGAAUCCCUGGCCCAACACAACCUGGAAUCCAUGGCCAAAUACGACAUGGAAUCCCUGGCCUAACACAACAUGGAGUCCCUGGCCUAACUCAACUUGGAAUCCUUGGGAAAAUAGUACCGCAGUAUCACCAAAUUUGAACACCACUUGGAGUCCCUGGCCCAACACUACAUGGAAUCCCUGGCCUAAUACCACAUGGAGUCCCUGGCCUAACUCAACGUGGAAUCCCUGGCCGAAUACCACAUGGAAUCCAUGGCCUAAUUCAACUUGGAACCCUUGGGAAAAUAGCACCGCAGUACCACCAAAUUUGAACACAACAUGGAGUCCAUGGCCAAAUACGACUUGGAAUCCCUGGCCUAACUCAACAUGGAAUCCUUGGCCGAAUACCACAUGGAGUCCAUGGCCUAAUUCAACUUGGAACCCUUGGGAAAAUAGUACCACAGUACCGCCAAAUUUGAACACAACUUGGAGUCCCUGGCCCAACACAACAUGGAAUCCCUGGCCCAACACAACAUGGAAUCCCUGGCCCAACACAACAUGGAAUCCCUGGCCGAAUACCACUUGGAAUCCCUGGCCCAAUACAACCUGGAAUCCCUGGCCCAACACAACAUGGAAUCCCUGGCCGAAUACUACUUGGAAUCCAUGGCCUAACACAACCUGGAAUCCCUGGCCUAAUACCACAUGGAAUCCCUGGCCCAAUACCACUUGGAACCCUUGGCAGAAUAGUACCGCAUUACCACCAUCUGUUAAUUCAACAUGGAACCCUUGGCCCAACUCCACCUGGAAUCCCUGGCAAAAUACAACAUUAAGUCCAGCACAAAAUCUCACCACUACGUCGCCAUCCUCGUCCAAUACCACUUGGAGUUCGCCACUAAACACAACAGAGAACGGCAAUAAUGUUACGACAACAAUUGCAACAGAUACUCCUACUACAUGGUGGGGCAAGGUAUGGAAAAAGAUUACCUCAAUAUUUUAAAAAAAAUUAACGUCAUAAGAUAAAGAAAAAUCAUUGUAAAUAAAAUUCAAACAUUAAGUGUAAAUAAUAAAACAGUCAAGCAAUAUAAAAAUAAAAUAAUAAUUUUUAAA